GAAAGAAAAAGAAAAAGGAAAUUUAUGACGGGGGAAGGGUUGAAAAUCUGCCCUAUUUUAAACCAAAGUACAAAUAAUAAAAUUGAAAAUAGAAUUCCAGUUUCAUUAUUCGUUGUUCAUCCCAAUCGAGAGAGGAAGAUGCAUCUAUGGCCUUCAACGAGAAUCAGAGACUCUUUCAAGCACGCUUACAUCAAAAAGCUGGAAUGGAACCUCCACAGAAUGAAAAUCCAAAAGCAUCAGCACCAAUCUUCUAGCAAACAGAACUUGUUGGAUAAAGAAGAAGCAUCUGAUGCUGCUGACGCCGAAACUUCAGAACCUUCCCCUUCAGUUUCUUUUGGUCAACGAGUUCUUGAAUUCUUCUCAGAACUCUUUCAUCUUCUUUCCUGUUGUUACUGCUGUUACUGCUGCGGAGCUUGCCUCCCCGACGAAGAACAUUAAUAUUGAUGAAGAAUAGAAGCUUGGAAUUGAUAAAGAUAGCUGAUUGAUGCAGAUGAUAUUUACAUUAUGUGUACUGUAUAGUAAUCUUAGCCAUUUACAGGUAAUUCUAGCAUUAUGAACACUGACACAUAUUGAUGUCCUUUUCUUUCAUUAGGUUGAAGAUAUUGUUAAACCGAUAACAAUAGUAUAUACUCAUCUUGGAUUUAGAAGCUGCCUACAUAGCUCAAUUCGUCUAGACACAUGCUCUAAAAAUUAAAGUCUCUCUCAAACAUUCGUCUUCUAUUUUGGUAAAAGCUAGAUUUGGAAAAUCUUCCUAAAUAUAAAAUCAUCAGGUACGGUAUUAAGUAUAUAAGACCUUAGCAUGGCUUAAGAAGUUCAUAGUCACCCUUCACAUCGUGGUCGAUGUGAAGGGUAUAUACUCUUUUCCAAAAUGUAUAUGAGGAAGUUGGAUUUUGGACUUGGUAGAUUCAACAUACCUUCAUCCAAACUUCAAAGUCACUAUCCAAACCAUUGGAAGACCUAACACAUUAUUUUCGUCCAGUUUUAGGCAGGUCUAAACAAUGAACUUCGUGCCUUGAAAUGUAAGCUGAACAAACUUUGCACCAUGGUCGUGCCUUGAAAUGUAAGCUGAACAAACUUUGCACCAUGGUCGUGCCAUUAAGAAUGAAGAAAUGAAAACGCCAAUUUAUCCUUCCUAUCGAUGUCAAACUAACGAAAACUGUAAAAAAUUAUCAAUUGACUAACAUUGUGACCAUAAAUUUGGGUAAUAUAUUCAGUAAUUUUUUUACAUGAAAAUUAUUUGUAUGAUUUAUUAGAAGUAAAGUAAUAAUAAAUGCGGACAGUGUUCUUAGGCAGAAGUAGAACACCAAAACGCAAACAAUUAAAAGAAUCCCCAACCACUUCCCAUACCCUCAUUAACUACCCAAUGCCUCAUCACUUUCACUCCCCAUUCCUAAUUUUCCCUCCACGCAACCUUUCAUUGUGAACUGAAAAUCUCCGACUGCCAAAUGGUUCACCCGGUUGAAGACGCCGAUGAGCAGAGCCCCUUCGGCUCUCUCACCGCCGAUGAGUUCUAUGCUCGUCAUUCUGUGACUCACGGCUCCGAAUUCAUCACCAAUUCCAGGGGCCUUAAACUAUUCACUCAAUGGUGGAUCCCUCAACCUCCGGUCAACCCAAUAGGUAUCAUCGGCAUCGUCCAUGGCUUCACCGGCGAAACUAGCUGGUUCAUACAACUUACCGCCGUCCACUUUACCAAGGCCGGAUUCAUCACUUGUGCCAUUGACCAUCAAGGCCAUGGAUUUUCCGAAGGCCUUCUGUAUCAUAUACCUGACAUUAACCCCGUUGUUGAAGACUGUAUUUCCUUCUUCGAUUCAUUCCGUGAGCGUCACGCGCCUUCGUUACCUUCCUUCCUCUACUCGGAGUCCUUGGGCGGCGCGAUUGCUCUUCUAAUCACGCUCCGUCAGAAAUCGACGACGGAGAACUCACGACCGUGGAAUGGCGUUGUUCUCAACGGCGCGAUGUGUGGAAUCAGCCCCAAGUUCAAACCACCAUGGCCAUUGGAGCACUUUCUAUCUUUAGCUGCCGCUUUGCUUCCGACUUGGCGCGUGGUUCCCACCCGCGGAUCAAUACCGGAUGUAUCUUUUAAAGUGGACUGGAAACGGAAGCUUGCAACGGCGAGUCCCCGACGCGUGGUGACGCGUCCUAGAGCAGCGACCGCGCAGGAACUUAUGAGAGUGUGCAGAGAGUUGCAGGAGAGGUUCGAGGAGGUGGAGGUUCCAUUACUGAUAUCGCACGGCGGCGACGAUGUUAUCUGCGAUCCGGCGUGCGUGGAGGAACUAUACCGACGCGCCACCAGUAAAGAUAAGACGCUGAAGAUAUAUCCAGGUAUGUGGCAUCAGUUGAUUGGCGAACCUAAAGAGAAUGUGGAGCUUGUGUUUGGGGAUAUGGUUGAGUGGCUCCGGAGUAGGGUUCCUGGGGAUGCUUCUAUCAUGGCGGCCGGAGGAGAGUGAUCCACCGUCGAACCACAAUUAUGUCAAUCUAACGUUGCUUUUCAAUAAAUGUUGGUUAGUUUUGAGGGUUUUGACUCCAAAUUUCUAGUACUACACAAUUACCUUCGAA